AUGAAUAGCGGUAACGAUGAUAACGGUCAUUCAACUACUCCUCAUCCACAGCAAUAUCACUUCCAAGCUCCAGCCAGGUCAACCACCCUCUCUUCCAGAUCCCCUGGUCUUCGUGGUCCUAGCAACUCGUCAAGACGAAAAAGAGAUAUUGCUGUACUUCAUGGGAGAAGAGUGGAAACGAGUCAUCAUACCAGAAACCAACAAAAUAGAAAUACCAUUAUAAGUAUAAAUGGGAAUGCAGAGACUCUUGAAGAUAUUUUGUCUAGUUCGAAACGUAUAUUGAAUCCCGAAGAGGUAUAUGAAUCACCUACAUCACAACUUAGAAACGAGUUCUUCAGCCGAUCGAUCCACGAAUCUCUAUACGUCACUAAAUGGAAAGAUGCUUUUGAUUCGGUGGAAAAACUUGGAGACGGUGGUGAAUCGCUUGAAGGGGCGAUCAAGGCAAAGGGUUUGAUCGAGAUUGGAAUGGAGCUUUUAGAGAGAUCUAUCUCUGAGUUAUCCACCGUAGCAGACCAACAGCAGCUUCUAGGCAACCAUCGGAUACUCAUCGUUGGAACAUGGAAGAAAACAAGUAUCGUAGAAGAAUUGAAAGAUCAAUUGGAAAGGCUUGGAGGGACGGUAUGUACCUCGGAAGAUGAACUUUUUUCUAAAGGCGCAAAAACAUAUAUCCAAAUAAUCGGCCCUGGUUUUCCCGGAUCAGCCUACAUCAGUACCGAGAAUAGAAGAAUAGAAAGGAUGGAAAGGUGGAACAUACAGCAUUGUCUAGUAAAGCUAAUUAGAUGGUGUGAUACUGAAGCUUUGAGAAAUAAAUCGUUAGAUGCACGAUUGGAGAUAUUGGCUUCUCAAUGUAAGGAAAAUCGCUCGAAUAUUGGAGUAGGAAAAGAGGUGUUUAUUUCCGAUUCCAUACCUGAUGAAUCUAAGGUACUCAUUAGACGUAUAUGCGAUUAUGAGAGAUUUCUUAUACAUCAUACGGUAACACUUUUAGAAACAUCCGAGGCUAGAGAUCGGAUCGUUAUCACAGCAUCCUCCAGUACAGCAGUCACCUCCGCUCGACACGACUUCAUGAGAAUGACAAUGGAAGAUCUCGACGACCUCGAAUACGCUGCUGAAAAGCGCUUUGCGGACACUCUUCCACCUACUCUGGCUACUGAUGCGAUAUAUACUUGA